AUGAGCAGCAGUGGGCUGGUUCUGAGCACCCCAAAUCUUGAAGAAAGUACGGUGUUUACGCAAUUAAAACCAGUCACAAUGUCUGGGGAGUCUGCUGAAGACACCUCGGUCUUUGAAGACAUCAAACCUGCUAUAAGGAUCUUGGAAAACCAACAUGAGCUGGCGCAGCUUACCCCACUGAGGAUGGAGCAGCGAAUGCCGCUUACUAUGGAGGCACGUUCUGAAAUGGACAAGUACCUCUCCAGUCAGCUGAUGCCAAUUCCAAUGGUGCCAGACAAGAAGUACCGUAGGGAGAGCGCCUCUGUGGUAGACGAGUUCUUCUCGACAGAGAAGCCCUCCUCCAUGCCAUACAGUGUGAACAUCAAUGUGAUACUGCCUGACACCACACACCUGCGAACCGGGCUCUACCGGCCAGCCAAACCCCUCACCCCAUUCCCACAGAUCAAAACAGAGCCCGGCACCAGCUUCACCCAGCCCUGCUCAUCCACGGCAGGCUCGACGCAGACGCUGCCGGAUUUCACCAGUGUCUUCAGCAUGCCGCAGUCGGUGGCGGUGAACAAUAUCUUCAUCAAGCAGGAGAUGCCCUCGGAGAUCCCUUUGUCUGGCAGCCCGCAGCAGGCCCAGCUUUACCAGAUGCCCAUUGGAAAUGGUGAUGCUGAUGUCGCCACAAUGGUGCCCUCUACUGGCAGCACCACAGCCAUCAACACCAUCAGCAGCGUCACCAUGUCCACGGGCAGCGCCAUGCUCCCCAGACCCAUCCAGCCUGGCGGACAAGUGAAGCACUUCCAAAAUGUCUCCCAAGGUCAGGGGAACUUCAACAUCAUGGGGCAUUUCUACCCUGUCCCAGGACUGAGCCUGCCCCCUUCACCUCCAAACUCACAGCCUGGCAGCCCUGAGAAUCAACCCGAGCUCAUCAACACCAUCUCGCCCCCACCCUCCUACGAAGCCACAUUUGGACUGAAGCUGGUACAGUCGUCCCAGAUCCCCACACUCCCAAACAGUCUCGGGACCCUCUCCCAAGGGCACAUUAUCAUGCCAACCCCCAAAUACAACAGACGCAACAACCCAGAGCUGGAGAAAAGGAGGAUCCAUCACUGUGAUUACCCAGGUUGCACAAAAGUUUACACCAAGAGUUCCCACCUGAAGGCACAUCAGAGAACUCACACAGGAGAGAAGCCAUACAAAUGCACCUGGGAAGGCUGCGACUGGCGCUUUGCCCGCUCCGACGAGCUUACCCGGCACUACCGCAAGCACACAGGUGCCAAGCCCUUCAAGUGCCUAGCCUGCGGGCGCUGCUUCUCCCGCUCCGACCACCUGGCUCUGCACAUGAAGAGACACCAGAACUAG